GUAACUCAUGACAGAAUUCAAGAAAAAAGAAAUGGCUAAGACCUUUUCUAUUUCCCUACUUUCACUUUGUUUGCUUCCUCAUUUCUUCUUGGCAAAUUGCUCAAUUCCCCUCUCCCCUGCUUUAUAUGUAUUUGGAGAUUCUCUUGUAGAUAGUGGAAAUAAUGAUUUCCUUAAUACAACUGCAAAAGUGAAUUAUAAACCAUAUGGCAUAGACUUUCCAACUGGUCCAACAGGCAGAUUCAGCAAUGGCAACACUUUUGCAGAUUUCUUAGCUCAGUAUCUUGGGUUACCCUUUGCCCCUCCAUAUUUAGGUCUUUCAAAGGCUCAAAAGGGUAAAACCAUUACUGGAAUGAAUUAUGCAUCAGGAUCAGCCGGCAUACUUCGAAAAACAGGAUCAGCAAUAGGAAUUAAUAUACCAUUGCAGAUACAGCUUAAGUUGUUCCAAGAGACUGUUAAACAUUACUUGCCCAAGAACUUUAAAACCGAGGAAGAGCUUUUAUACUACUUAUCCAAGUCCAUUUUUGUGGUAAACAUAGGCAGCAAUGACUAUCUCAACAACUAUCUCCAACCUGCACAUUACGAUAGUAGUCGCCUGUACAACCCGGUGCAAUUCGCCGGUAUCCUCAGAAAAGAACUCAAAAAAAGUCUACAGUUGGCUAUACAAUUGCAGGAUCUUUAUGAAUUGGGAGCCAGAAAGUUUUUGGUAUUCAAUCUUGGCCCUAGUGGGUGUACACCAUUCUUAGUAUAUAGCGAAAAGCUUGCAAGUGGAUGUGCAGAGAAUGUAAAUCAGUUAGUAUCCCUCUACAAUGAAGGCUUGCCAGAUAUGUUACAAGAACUGAGAACCAGCCUCAAGGGUUCAAAUUUUGUUCUGGCAGAAUUUUAUGAAGCCAGCUAUGAUUUGAACCAAAACCCUUCUAAAUAUGGGUUCACAAGUAGAAGCAAUUGUUGUGUUGUAAACAAUGCAACUGCACAAUGUGCCCAUGGUGUCCAACCUUGCUUGGAUAGGACUACACAUAUCUACUGGGAUGCAGUUCAUCCAACACAAGCAGCAAACUUCUUGUUUGCAACAGGUUGCUUCUUUUAUACUGCCCAGUGUACUCCAAUAAACAUUCAGCAGCUCACUCAGACAUAAUAACUGAUGCAGUUUGCAGCUAGAAGGAAGAGAAAGAUAAGAGUCUUCUUGAGGUUAAGUGUGGUUCAUCAUUGAACCAAUUUUUAACCUA